AUGGCUCACAACGAUUCCAUCGUGCUUAUCUCGUCCUCGCCCGAGUUCCCAUCCAUUUGCGAUCUUCUUGGCAAGUCGCCAAAGAAGGUUUCUUUGCGCAGCGGGAGCCAUGCUGCGCCAAUCCCAGAACAUGCGCCAAAGGCCUUCACGAGCGCCGCAAGCAUCUGGAGGUCAUCACGCCUCGAUAGGAAUGAAAGAGUUGGAGUAAUGAAUGCAGAGAAGCUCUCUGAUGCCGCGUUGUCGAGACUAGAUAGCGUUGCAGCAGGCCCGUCUUUAGCAGAUGUUGCCACAGAUCGUCCGGCCGACGGUAUUGAGGGGCAGCAGGUCAGACAGGAGGCAGGAGCACCGGCAAGGAGGAGAAAGCAAGCUAAGUCAACGAGCGCCGAUACAGCCGGGGACAUACUGCCUGACAGUCCUGCUACGGAUGCUCCACCUGCAAAGAAGGCCGGGAAGAAGGCCGAGAGGAAGGCCAAGCCGACCGGUGACACAGCCAUGGCGCAGACGACCUUGGUCAAGGGCAAGGUAACGAAACCAGCGUCAACCAGGAAGCAGUCAAGGAAGAAGACGGAGACGAUCAGCAGGCAUUUCACUGCCCAACCUCCUGCGCAGGAAUCCGUGUCAGAACAUGUCUCACUGCCCGUAGCGGAAGAGUUGGACGUGGUGCCCGAGCCAGCCAUGAAAAGGAGGCUGGAUUGGACACCCCCGCGCGAAGGCUCCCUUCUGCAACAUAUUGCAGAUUCUUCGGCUGUGAAAGAAGUAUCCCCUCCUGGAAAUCCCGGGGCUGAGUCCAUGACACCCGCUCAAAAGGAUGUCUUCAAAAGCUUACUAGACACCUAUGGCCGAAAGCCAGAAGUGAAUGCUGGCCCCGAUGUUGCCGACACCUCAGGUUCCUCAAGCUGUGACAUUCUUGGGAAGCGGAAGCUCAUCGAAAUGGUGGCUACCGUCGGCAGUAAGGCGAAGACACCUGAACCUUCGCCGGUCAAACCGAAAGCGGCGAAAAAGAAGCCACGAACAAUCACGGAGCUCGCAACCGCGGGGUAUCGACUGCCAGAUGAGGAUGACGUUAUACUCGUCACAGAUAACCCCAAACAAAACUCACUGCUCGGCUUCUUAGAGACAACAGGUGAACAGAUUGCGGGGACAACCAAGGACACGGGCGUUAAAGCAAAGGGUGCGAAGAAGCCGGCCAAGGCGAAACCCUCCAAAAAGGCAGAGGUACGCAAACCUGUGCUUCUGUCGCCUACGAGCGCCAUGCGGCAAGUCGCCAAGCAGGAUUUCGUAUUUGGCACAGCGAGCCAAUUGGCCACGGAGGAUGACCCUGACCUUCUCCGGGCCUUGCAUGAGGCCAUGAAAGAAUCGAAUCAAGCGGAUAGCGAUCCCUUCACCAGCCCCGCUCCCGCGCACAGCAGCCUGGCAUUCCGGAGAAGAUUAGGGACGGGGCUCUGGUCAGCCGGCGCUCGGGGUGAUGACGGAGAUCUCCUCAGUCUCGAAGUGCUAGAUUUGACACACUCGCCCCAGUUGCUACGGGAUUCCAUGCUACCCGGAAAUUCCCGCGCAGAAGUCCAGGCAGCCAAGCAACCAGCACGCAAUGACAAGAGUUUUAUCGAGAUCGAAGUCCUUUCAGACGACAGUGAACCACUAGCCAUGGCGGCGGCCAAUCCGAUGCCACCAUCCUCACGACACAGAGCGAGUCAAGUGCUGCAGCUCGAGGGUCUUGCUCCCUCCAGCCCUAACCAGCAUCAAGUACAGGAACAGACAACUUGUGACAGUUUCGAGCCCCCGCCAAGUAAUCAAGAACAUCACCAGCUUCUGCUGUCCCAGUCAAGCAGUCCACUUCAACCGGGACCCGAAGCGCCCCCGCCCCCCAAAUUUGAACUAUACUCGGAUGCGAUGUUGGCCAAAGAGGUGGCUUCAUAUGGGUUCAAGGCCAUCAAGAAGCGGUCAGCCAUGAUCGCAUUGCUGCAACAGUGCUGGGAGAGCAAAGGUAGCAAGAAUUUUGCAAAGAAAACAAACCACGUCUCUAUGUCAACCUCGUCCGCCAAGCAAGCAGCAUCACCUCCGCGGCCAAGGGGACGGCCAAGGAAAGCCCCAGCAACAUCAGCCCCGGACCCAGCUGUCAAAGCACCGCUUCAAACGGUGAAACGUGGGAGAAUGCGCUCCGUCGCACCCGUCAGCACAGACACAGAAGCAUCGCAGGAUGAGAAACCGGCUGAGAAACGAUCUCCCAGAAAGCCCAAAAAGGCUGCGGCCGCAGCUCUGCCGAAACCAAAGGGAAAAGCCGCCUCAAAGCGUGCCCGAUCGCCACAAGCACCGCCUGCGACCGCACCAGCCACGCCGAGGCGUCGCAACGCUGCUGCAAAGUCCGCAAUCGAGAUCGCCGACUCGGAAUCGGAUGAUUCCUUCGUUUCCUCCCCCGAAUCGUUAUCCGGCAAGACAGACGCCUCUUCCUCCCCGCGUUCACAGCAGAGAGACGUUUCCAUCACCGAAGACACCGAAAUGUCCCUCGUGGCCAGCCCGACAAGUCAGCAGCUGGCACUGUUCGGAUACAUCACACAGGCGGUCAUCACGGCGCCGCCGACAAAGGAUCCAACAAAUCCGUCGUGGCAUGAGAAGAUGUUGAUGUAUGAUCCUAUUAUUUUGGAGGAUCUGGCGGCAUGGCUUAAUUCGGGGCAGUUGGAUCGCGUGGGGUAUGAUGGGGAGGUGUCGCCGGGGGAUGUGAAGAGGUGGUGUGAGAGUAAGAGUGUCUGUUGUUUGUGGAGGGUGAAUUUAAAUGGGAAGGAGCGGAAGAGGUUUUGA